UGGCCGUGUGGAUUUUCGUCGUGGGAGCAACGAUGGCUACCGCUGCAAAACAAGCCCCUAAAACUGCCACCAAAUCAUCUACCGGGGCCACCGGGGCGGCCACUACCCCCGGUGCCCCUCCGGUGAUGCCCCUGGCCUCGCCUCUGAUGGGAAAAAAGAAGAAACCGUUCCUGGGGAUGCCCGCGCCUCUCGGAUACGUCCCUGGUUUGGGCAGAGGUGCUACUGGCUUUACUACUCGAUCUGAUAUCGGUCCUGCUCGUGAUGCCAAUGAUCCCGUUGAUGACCGACAUGCCCCCCCGGGGAAGAGGACAGUGGGGGAUCAAAUGAAAAAAAGUCAAGAUGAUGAUGAUGAAGAUCUCAACGAUACGAACUAUGACGAGUUCAAUGGGUAUGCAGGCAGCUUGUUCUCCAGUGGGCCGUAUGAGAAAGAUGAUGAAGAAGCAGACGCGAUAUAUGCUGCACUGGACAAAAGAAUGGAUGAAAGACGAAAAGAGAGAAGGGAACUGAGAGAAAAAGAAGAAAUUGAGAAAUAUCGUAUGGAGCGUCCCAAAAUCCAGCAGCAGUUUUCAGAUUUGAAGAGAAAGUUGGCUGAGGUGUCAGAGGAGGAGUGGCUGAGUAUCCCUGAAGUAGGAGAUGCCAGAAACAAACGUCAAAGAAACCCUCGGCAUGAAAAACUCACCCCCGUACCAGACAGUUUCUUCUCCAAACACCUGCAGACUGGAGAGAACCACACGACAGUGGACCCUCUUCAGGGGCUUGGAGGAUUGAACACACCCUAUCCUGGAAGUAUGACUCCAGGACUGAUGACACCAGCAUCAGGAGAUUUGGACAUGAGGAAGAUUGGUCAAGCCAGAAAUACUCUGAUGGACAUGAGGUUAAGCCAGGUGUCAGACUCUGUCAGUGGACAAACUGUUGUGGAUCCAAAGGGUUAUCUAACAGACUUGAACUCUAUGAUACCGACACAUGGAGGAGACAUCAGUGAUAUCAAAAAAGCCAGACUGCUUCUUAAAUCCGUGAGGGAGACCAACCCCCAUCACCCACCUGCGUGGAUUGCAUCUGCCAGGCUUGAGGAGGUAACGGGUAAACUUCAAGUGGCCAGAAACCUGAUAAUGAAGGGCACAGAAAUGUGUCCUAAGAGUGAGGAUGUGUGGCUGGAGGCUGCCAGGCUGCAGCCAGGUGACACAGCCAAGGCUGUGGUGGCCCAGGCUGUUCGCCAUCUUCCACAGUCAGUUCGAAUCUACAUCAGAGCUGCUGAGCUGGAGACAGAUGUCCGAGCCAAGAAGAGAGUGCUCAGAAAAGCUCUGGAAAAUGUGUCUAAAUCAGUGAGACUCUGGAAGACCGCUGUGGAGCUGGAGGAGCCAGAAGAUGCCAGAAUCAUGCUUAGCCGAGCUGUAGAGUGCUGCCCUACAAGUGUUGAGCUCUGGCUCGCUCUUGCUCGGUUAGAGACUUAUGAAAACGCCCGCCGUGUUCUGAACAAGGCUCGUGAGAACAUCCCCACUGACCGCCACAUCUGGAUCACUGCUGCAAAGCUGGAGGAGGCCAAUGGCAACACUCAGAUGGUGGAGAAGAUUAUUGACAGAGCUAUCACCUCGCUACGAGCCAACGGGGUGGAGAUAAACCGAGAACAGUGGAUUCAGGAUGCAGAGGAGUGCGAUAAAGCCGGCAGUGUGGCCACAUGCCAGGCUGUGAUAAGGGCGGUCAUUGGGAUUGGCAUUGAAGAGGAAGACUGUAAGCACACCUGGAUGGAGGAUGCAGACAGUUGUGUUGCCCAUGGAGCUUUGGAGUGUGCCAGAGCCAUCUAUGCCCAUGCUCUCCAAGUUUUCCCCAGUAAAAAAAGUGUUUGGCUCAGAGCUGCAUACUUUGAGAAGAACCAUGGCACAAGGGAGUCUUUGGAGGCUCUUCUGCAGAGGGCUGUUGCUCACUGUCCCAAAGCUGAGGUUUUAUGGCUUAUGGGGGCUAAGUCCAAAUGGCUGGCUGGAGACGUGCCUGCUGCCAGAAGUAUUCUGGCUUUGGCUUUUCAGGCCAACCCCAACAGUGAGGAGAUCUGGUUAGCUGCAGUCAAGCUAGAGUCUGAAAACAAUGAAUAUGAGCGAGCACGACGACUGCUGGCCAAGGCCCGGAGCAGUGCCCCUACAGCUCGGGUCUUUAUGAAGUCAGUGAAAUUAGAAUGGGUUCUUGGAAACAUUGAAGCUGCGCAUGACUUAUGCACUGAAGCUCUAAAACAUUACGAGGACUUCCCCAAACUGUGGAUGAUGAGAGGCCAGAUAGAAGAACAGUGUGAAAACAUGGACAAAGCCAGAGAGGCCUACAACCAGGGGCUUAAAAAGUGCCCUCAUUCGAUGCCACUGUGGUUGCUGUUGUCUCGCCUUGAAGAAAGAGUGGGUCAGCUGACGAGAGCCAGAGCAAUUCUUGAAAAGGCUCGUCUCAAGAACCCUCAAAGCCCCGAACUUUGGUUGGAGUCAGUGAGACUAGAAUUCCGGGGUGGAUUGAAAAAUAUUGCAAACACACUGAUGGCAAAAGCCCUGCAAGAGUGUCCAAAUUCAGGUAUCCUGUGGGCAGAGGCAGUGUUUCUGGAGGCCAGACCGCAGAGAAAGACCAAGAGUGUGGAUGCUUUGAAGAAGUGUGAACAUGAUCCUCAUGUAUUGCUUGCUGUGGCCAAAUUGUUCUGGAGUGAACGCAAAAUCACCAAAGCCAGAGAAUGGUUCCUGAGAACAGUAAAGAUUGAACCAGACCUGGGAGAUGCUUGGGCUCUUUUCUACAAGUUUGAAUUGCAGCAUGGUACAGAGGAGCAGCAGGAGGAGGUGCGUAAACGCUGUGAAAAUUCUGAGCCUCGUCACGGGGAGUUGUGGUGUGCAGAGUCUAAACAUGUCCUGAACUGGCAGAAAAACACUGGAGAGAUACUAGCUCUGGUCGCCAGCAAAAUCAAGAACACUUUUUAAGUUUAGUUGAUGAUUAAUUUGAAAGAUCUGAUGGACUACUGUUGGCUGGACCACCUUCACAAAGUCACCCAGAUUAUCAUCCCACUGCAAUAUUUUUAAAUCUGGAUGUGCCCUGGAUAAAUCAGCAAGUUUUGUCUUUCCCACAUGGCUUUUGUUUCAUGUGUACAAUGUACUUCUUGUUAGCCGUUGUUUUUUAAAACGUGAAAUUGUUAAAAUACCUUUGUGUAUAUAAUGGAAACAUCUUUAGAUUUUGAGAUUGAAAUGCUCUAAAUUACUAAAACGAAAACAGAUUUGUAUAACAUGUCAUACAUUUCUUUGUUUAAAAACAUUAUUAUUAUUAUUAUUUUUAACAUGGUUGUUUUCAUUUGCCAUGGAAUCCAAUAAACACCCAGUCAGGGCACAUUA